UGAUUUUGCAAUGUGAGUCUCAAUAAGAAGGAAGUGAGAGAUUGCUAGUCAGCGACUGGCUGAACAUUACUGAGGCCGUCAUCAUGGGGGAGUGGUCCUUCCUGUCAGAUCUGUUGGACAAGGUGCAGUCCCACUCCACUGUAGGGGGGAAGGUCUGGAUGAGUGUUCUCUUCCUCUUCAGGAUCUUCAUCCUGGCUGCUGGCGUAGAUAAAAUAUGGGGCGACGAACAAUCCAACAUGGAGUGUAACACCGGGAGCGUUGGCUGCAAGAACGCCUGCUACGAUCAAUACUUCCCCCUGUCUCACACGCGCUUCUGGGUCCUCCAGAUCCUCAUGGUCUCCACUCCAACCAUCAUGUACCUGGGCCAUGUCCUGCUGGUGAUUCGCAGAGAAAAUAAGCUGAGGAGGCGCAUAGAGCAGAAACUAGGUCAAAUCAGGAUGAAUAAAGCCCCAAAGUAUUCAGACGAAUUUGGCCGGGUGCAGCUGAAGGGCGUCCUGCUGGCCAGCUACUUGAUGCAGGUGCUGUUCAAGAUCCUGCUGGAAGUGGCCUUCAUCGUAGGCCAGUACUACCUCUACGGCUUCAUACCAAUGCCUCUUAAGAUCACAUGCUCUGAAUACCCCUGCCGGUCACAGGUGAACUGCUUCAUAAGUCGUCCCACAGAGAAAACCAUCUUCAUCGUCUUCAUGUUGGCGAUGGCCGUCCUCUCGGUGAUCCUCAACAUCAUCGAGAUGUUCCACCUGAUGAUCUCAAAGGUGAGGGGGAGGAAAAGAAGAAGCAGUGGCUCAGAGGUGUUAAUCCAACUGAAGGAGUCACAGCGUGUUGAAGGACUGUGAGCGGAGAGCUUUUUGGAACUUUGCUUCAAUGGUGUUAGACAUGAGGUUUGAAUCACAGCCAGUUUGACAUUGUGCAUCUCCGGCACCAACUGCCAUCUUGUUUUUAUUUCAAGCUCUUCAUAAAUCAGUUCUGCUGGAAGUAGCAGGAGAGAUGUAUCAAAUGACAUUAUCCGAUUCAAGAACAUGGAAUGUGGAGUUGUGCUUUAGUGAACCUUAAAUAAUAAAUAGGAUAAGAACUUUGUUGACACGCAGAAUGUUUGUUUUGCUUUUUAGACCCCAAAUAUCUCCAAUAUAUUGUAGUUUUAUGAAAAAAUGUAAUUCAUCAAUAUACCCAGAACAUUUCCAUUGGUUUUCUCAGUGUCAUCUGUAACAUAUGUCCAGAUUUAUAGUCAAUGGUGCCAAAUUGUAAAUCACAAAUCCACAAUGUACAUGUUUACUAGUAUUAGUGGCCUGUCUUAGACCAUAGGAACAACAUGUAUGCAUUUUGACAACAGGCCAAGUUCCCCUUAAGUUAAGAGUUAAUGGUUGUUUUCUACAUCUUGUGCUAGACAAUGUUUUUUCUUUUGGUCUUAUCCCAGUGCUUGGUAACAUGCAACAAAAACACAUGAUUGGUAUUUUUUUUCUGAUAAUCACUAAAACACAUAUUUAAAAAAUACAAUUACAAAUGUAUCACAUUACCACAACUUUGGCUCAGCAGAGUUUUUGCUGCAAUACUAUCACAAUAAUAUUAUCCGAGACUCUGUGAUUGUGGAUUGAUUUUUUUUUUUUUAAAUUGUUUAUUCUGUUAACCAUUGUCCUCAUGGUAAUUCAUGCUAAUUAACACCAUGUAUGCUAAUUGUAUGCAAGCUAGCAUCCUGCAGUUUCUAUGUGCUGGGGACCCGUACUUUGCAUUUCUAACAUACAACUUUGGGGGACUCAACAUUUUCAGCACUAUAAGGUGUUUGGAUGUUGAGAGUUUGAGGGGAUAAGCCUCACUCACCAUGGAUGACAGGACAUCUUUUGAGCUACUGCAAAAUCCUUCAUUUGGAAAAAGGUUGAAGGUGUGUGUUACAAAGUGAGGUGCAGGUGAAAGAACGAUACGUGGAAAGAGGGUUUUCUUGCAAAAAUAGACAGGCAUUUUAUUCUCAGCCUUCCACAUUAUUCCACAGAAACAAAAACUGCAUGCCUGGUGCUGCGUUCACCAGCAAGGAACAAACACCAAAUGCCCCCUCCCCUCUCUUCCCAACCACAUUUAUAGGAGACUGCCCGCCUUCCCAAUCCAACCUGGCCAAUCAGGUCAUGGUUCUGAAAGCGGACUGAAGGGUUAAAUACAAAAUUAAACACUGUGGUCUACAUUUAAUACAAUCCUAAAGGCUUAAGUAAAUUCAUAAUUGCAUCAACAUAAACAUUGUACCUUCAGAAACAACAAGUUCUGCUUAAAACGGAUAGUUUUUAACCUAAUUGACACUCAUAAAAUCACUCAUUUCCUGACCAAUCACGUCCAAGACUCCGCCUACUCAUACGGCACACAUAAGGAGUACUUUGGAGGCGUGCUCCCCCUUUGAGCAGUGACACAAAAUGGCUUCCAGGUCUGAACAAAGGAAAUGGUGAUUACUUUGUGAUUGUGUGUUUUACAGACUGACAAAUUAAUCUAGAUGCCCUUUACUAGUUUUUCUAGGUAAACUGUUUUUAUAACUUUAACUGAAAUAAAGACAACUCUGAAGAAA